GGAGAAUGUUCCCUGUGCUCAGGGUCAGUGUGUCGGGUCUGGAUCCCAACGCCAUGUACUCUUUUCUGCUGGACUUUGCACCAGCUGACAGCCAUCGCUGGAAAUACGUGAAUGGGGAAUGGAUCCCUGCUGGCAAGCCUGAGCCACAGACCCACAACUGCGUGUACAUCCACCCUGACUCCCCCAACUUUGGGGCUCAUUGGAUGAAAUCACCCAUCUCCUUCAGCAAAGUCAAGCUGACCAACAAGCUCAAUGUGGGAGGACAGAUUAUGUUGAAUUCUCUACACAAGUACGAACCCCAGAUCCACAUUAUUAGAGUCGGAGUGAAUCACAAGAUGGUCACGAAUCUCUCAUUCCCUGAAACGCAGUUUAUUGCUGUGACAGCAUACCAGAAUGAAGAGAUUACAGCCCUGAAGAUCAAGUACAACCCUUUUGCCAAAGCCUUCCUGGAUGCAAAGGAAAGAACCCUUCCUAAGGACACCCUGGAAAGCCCCUCUGAAAACCAGCACAUGGGAAUGCCCCACUGUGGCUGGUUGAUCACAAACUCAGAAGCCCUGUGUGCUCCUGGAAGCCCUAACUAUCAGUACAGUGGGGGUCUGCCCCUGCCUCCUAACCCCUCUCACCACAGCUACGAGCGCUACGCCUCCAUGCGCCAUCACCGGUCAGCCCCCUACCCCACGCCCUUCAUCCACCGCAAUCACUCCUCAGCAGUGACGAUGACAGAGAACACAUCGACCAGUUUACCAGUUUUUUCUGGUCAUGAGAACUGGUCGGCCCUGUCGCCAGCACCACCCCAUGCCAGUAUGCUACCCAUCGCCCCUGUGUCUGCAACAGCCAGCUCCAGUGCCAGUCAGUACCCUUGUCUAUGGACUGUCAGCAACUGCACUGUGAAUGCCUCCAGUCCUGCAGGGGGAGCUACGAGUUACACUCAGAACCAGGUGAUGCGAGGAUCCGCUGCCAUGGAAACGCCAGGAGAGCAUGCACACUGGACAACACUCUCAUCUCACUCCUUCUAAUGGAAAUAGGUUAAUUCUCACCUAAAAUGAUUAAACUGUUACAGGGUUAUGGCAUCAUAAUCUGGGAUUAAAGUGUACCGUUCCAUUAUUUUGCACUGUUUGUUAAUUCGUGGGUGGCCAUCAUGCAAAUGCACUAUCAUACAGCUUGAAGAUCCGUUUCUAAAUCACUGCCAUGAAUAUUUUAUAUACAAGCACGUUAAUAUAAGGAGGGAGUUUUUUUUUUUUUUAAAUACAUAUGUCCGUACAGUACAUAAUAGGGAUUAUGGGUGUCUUUCAAUGUUUUCUUGUUUUAUAAACUUAAACUGGUUUGCCUGCUAUUGUAGCUGAUAGUGUUGAGUGAUGCGCUGUCUUUAUCAAUAGAAGAAAUACACUUUUUAUACGAUCUUAAAAAUGCCAUUCGUACCUUGGUGAUUCCCCCUUUCUACAGUGGGUGGGAGAGUUGGUGACAGGUUUACCAAAGUAAAUAUCCACGGUUGUUUUCCCAUGGUUAUACUUUGCAUUUACAAUAGUUGGCCAUGUUUUCAACAUACUUCACCACACUUUACAAUGCUUACUGAUACACUUUACCAUGCUUUCACUAUGCUUUAUAUUCUUUAUUAGAUGUUGCUAUGCUUUCAAUAUGGGAGACUUUUCUAAUGGCAUGGUCAUUGCAUUGACACCCCCCCUCCCCCCCUCCCCCUUCACAUUAAAAGUGCCUCAAUUUAUACUUCGUUUAGUUUCAAGAAAAUAUGUACAGAUGUACGCCUCUUAAAAUUACAAAUGGUAUAGACUUGGUUAAGUGUGUUCUGCACUAAAUACAAAAAGUGGAUAUUUGAUA